UCGAUUCCGUCUGGUCGCGACUCUGAUGUAUUACUGCAGCUGGGUAUUAGGGAAAAUGAUUUGGAGUCUCCCCCAAUACCAGCUACCGGCAACAAACCAGCUUCUCGUAUUGGCGCUUCCCCAUCCACGACUUCAACUCAUUCAUUGACUGGCUCCAACUCUUAUUACAAUGCACCUGCAACAAAUGGAGUAGGCGGCAUCCAUAUAGAUGCAGCAACAUUGAGUGAAAUCUCGCACAAACGUCUCGAUCUAGACUUCACUAAAUUGCGUGCUUGUGGGGCCAGUUACAGAGCAUUGCCUUCCGAAUUUCCUCAGUCCAGAUGCUCCGGAAGAUCAAAAUGUGCCAUUGCCAGAGAGGUGCUUAACAAUUCCUUCAUCAGUUUUUCUUCGCUCACAUCUGAGGAUUGUCAAUUUGUUUCCUCGAAGAAGAAUCAGUAUGAGGAAAAUAUGUACCGUGUCGAAGAUGAAAGAUACGAAGUGGAUAUGGUUAUGGAGUUAAACAAAUCAGCUCUUCACCACUUAGUUGUUAUUCAGCGCCGCAUGGACCGUAUGCCUCGUGAUGAAUUGGUCAAUUUUCGCCUUGAUGAUUCGCUAGGAGGUGAUUCAGCAAUACUUAUGAGGAAAGCUAUUCACCGGGUAUAUGGUGAUAAAGCAGGAGAUAUAAUUUACGGUUUAAAAAACUGCCCGAGCAAUGCCUGCCCUUUAGUCAUCCAGCGCAUGCGACAAAAAGAUGCAGAGUGGCGUGAAGCUGUUCGCCAAUAUUUACGAUCCUGGUCGGAACAAGAUAGUCGAAAUUACCUUCGGUCUUUAGAUCAUCAGGGCGCCAUUUUUAAACAGAAAGAUGCUCCGUUAAUACGAAGCAAGGCUCUCAUCUCUCAAAUAGAGAAUUUAGUCAAGUCAAAUCGCGUAAGUAUAUAUUGGCAUUUCUUGUAG